AUGUCUCUUAAGGCCGGCACAGACGACAAGGGAAAAAGCGCACCCGAAGCAACGCCCAGCGCAAGUGUAAUUCUCAUCUCGUCAAUAAAUGAAGUUCUCCUACUCCAACGUACCAAGACUUCGUCAUCUUUCCCCUCGGCCCACGUCUUUCCUGGAGGAAAUCUCGAUUUACAAGAUGGAGAAUGCCCGCCUCAGGGAGACCCCAAGCGACAUGAGGACUCGAUUGUUUACCGAAGAGCCGCGCUUAGAGAGCUUUUCGAAGAAACUGGCAUUUUACUUGCGCGGGACAAAACAUCUGGGAACAUGAUGAUGAUUGAUGAGAAUAAGAGAAAUGAAGGAAGGAAGGCCAUUCACAGCCAAUCUAUUUCAUUUCUGGAAUGGCUCAAGAAAGAGAACAACGGUCUUACCAUGGAACCAGAUACAGGUAUAUCUACAACUCUCUUUCUGUUCUUCUUCAGCAUACUGAUCAUCUUGGAAGAAAAUCUGAUACCUUUCACGCGCUGGGUCACACCAUACGGCGUCCCCCAUCGGUAUACAACACAAAUGUAUCUUUACUUUUUACCUAUUCCGCAUGACCAUGAGCAAGGUCUAGACACAGAAAUGCCAAUUCAUCCCUACCAUGACGGAGGAGUCGAGAUCACCGACGCUCGAUUUCUGGAAUCCUCUGAGUGGCUGCGGAAAGCCCGGGCGGGGCAAGUCAAGCUUCUUCCGCCUCAACAUUUUCUCCUUUCUGUGGCAUCGCAAUUUCUGGAUACCUGGACCCGCAGUCGUCAAUCUCUAGUUGCUCUAAGGCGACAGCGACGAAAAUUGCAGCAAUUCUUGAACGCUGGAUCUCCACCUUGGACGCACAUCUGCAUUUCACCCACAAUUGAGAGGGUCUUAUCUGAUGGACGGGCGCUUGUGAGGCUAGAUAAACCAGGGCCUGAGUUGGAGGGAUCUGAUCGGAGUGGAGUGAAGGACCGUGUUAUGCUGGUCAAAUUUGGCAAGGCAGGACCCAGCGAUUUUGAGAUCAUAUUGAAGGAAGAUAUUGAUAAGAGCAAAAUCUAA